UCAUCCCAUAACCCUGGACAUUCUUUCGCAUCUGAGAAGCAUGGGACAAUGGAAUCUGAUGCUCCUUUUAUAUCAGAUAAACCCUCUUGUACACUGGUUAUCAAAUAUAAUGAGCGUAGUUUAAAUCAACAAAUAGACAGUAAACUGCUGAUUGAUCUGGAUUCUGAUGAAAAAGACAACCCUGAGUUUCAGGCGGUGACUGAAAUUCAAAGAACAAAAAGGAUGCCUCCCUUCCUCGGCAAUUCAUCCUCUCAUAAGCACGUGAGAAUGGAGUCUGUUGCUCCUUUCAAAUCAGAUAAACCCUUUUGUACAAUGGAUCUGAAAUCGUGGAAUGUAAAUCAACCUCAUGUGCUAGUGAGAUCGAAUUCUCUACUUUCUUUAGUUAUGUAUUCUCAAAUCUAAAUUAGAAGUAGAGGGUUU